AUGUCCGUCGAGAUCGAUCCUGUUGAGCUGGGCUUCCACCGACCAUUUACGUCGGAGGUGUCGCAAGCACUCAAGAUUAGAAAUCCAAACAUGACUCCAGUGGCUUUCAAGGUCAAGACUACGGCGCCAAAGCAAUACUGUGUCCGCCCCAACUCCGGCAGGAUCGAGCCAGGCAAGGAAGUCGAGGUUACUGUUCUUCUCCAAGCUAUGAAGCAGGAGCCCCCUAUCGAUGCCAAAUGCAGAGACAAGUUCCUGGUACAAUCUGUAGCUGUCACUUCCGAUAAAGAGUUCACCAACAUCACCGAGAUUCAUGUCGAUCAAGCCGAAAAGUCGUCUGUCCAGGAGAAGAAGAUCCGAGUUGUAUAUCUACCAGCAGGUGCCAACGGAAUCGGUGCGGAUGCCACACCUUUAAAGAAUGGGGUCAAUGGCACAUCAGCAUCUCACGAGACCCCAUCUACAGCACCUCCUGCUUAUAGCACAAACCGUUCACCAUCUCCUCCUGAAGAAACCUUUACCCCUGAGACCCGUCGCUCAACGAUUGGUCCCCAAACAGGACGGAAGAACAGUGAUGAAGAUUCUCGUUCGGUGGCUGAUGCCAAGUCUUUUACAUCCAACCCAUCCAUCGCAGCCUCGAUGCCACAAAGCAUGGAAGAAUUGAAGGCGAAGCUAGCAGAAGCCCAAGCAACCAUCGCUACGUAUACAGAACAGGCCGGGAUCAGAGCACGAAAGGUAGCAAAGGGAGAGACCAGCAACGAGACAGUGAACCAACUUGCCCAACAAGUCCAUCAAGCUCCUCAAGGCGUACCUCUGCAGAUUGUUGCCGGACUGUGUUUGCUCAGCUUCCUGCUUGCCUACUUUUUCUUCUAA